UUGAACCUCGUGUCACUCGGUAGUGACGUCUACAAUUUGAUGAUUCGUACGCGAGUGUUUAAAAACGGGAAGGAUCUUUAAAGAGCGGCAUGUUCUUUAAGUACGAGCGCAUCUGAAACUGAAAGCCCGUCGAAGCAUGGAGCAGCAGCGGCCAGCACUGACAGUCGGCUGUCGUCGGCCUGUGAUCAACGCUUUCCUCGUUGCCCUAUUGGGAAGCCUGUGUCACCAUGUUGCGACUGACACUCUUCCAGACUUAAGGUCUCCUAAAAUUGCGGCACUCACAACCCCCGACCCUCGCACUGGGAAGCCGCUGAACAUGUCCUGUGAGGCAGACCCCGGAUACCCAGAUGGUUUUACUAUUGUUUACUGGUUGGUAAAUGAUACUUUUGUGGAACUGCUGCACCCUGCUGGCAGGAUCACCGAAAGUGAGGAGAGUGAGAUGACAGUCAAGAAUUUGGUGGUCGUCCGGAAGGAUCUGAUGUUGACUGUUGUUAAGCCCGACGAUUUCGGUGCCAGUUACACCUGCGUUGUGAUGAGCCCCAUGGGAAGGGAUUCAAAGACCGUCAGCCUGAAACCAAGGAAAAGGAAGAAGUCUCCCCCCAGAGUCCAACGGCGGAUUGGCCGGCUGUCUGCCCUUGCUGUAAACUCAUAAAUGUUAUUGACAGGACCCCCCCCCCCCAGCAUGUCCAGACUGCAGUGCCUUUUUUUCUCACCGACCUCAUUUGGUUUAAAGUCACUAAAAUAGUUUUAAAAUAAAUUCUGCCCUAUGAGGUAGUAUGUGUGCAUAUAUAGUGGCUUCCAAGAAUAUUCAACUCCCCCCCCCAAAAAAAAGUGUGUACAGUAUUGUGGUUUCUGUCCCAUGAAUACCCAGAUUGUGCUCAUUAAUGUCUCUUGACUUUAAUAUCCCCUGUAUCACUGCUGAUGGGGGAGACUUGUAACUUUUUUAUGCGUUUGUUGGUUUGUAGCAAAUUAGUUUGUCUAGUAUUUAGACGUUCUGGGAUUAUUAGUUUUUCCCGCUGCUCUGUAGAAUCCCAUCCCUGCUGUGUCUGUGUUCCGCUGCUUUCUUCCCUGUCCUUCCUGAAACAGGGUAUCACACUGGACAAGUGUUUGGAAGAUCAAUGGUGAUCUGUAACCUGGAUUUUAGUGACUUCUCAAUUGUAAACUGCCCCUAACUGUUGUUCUUAAAGUUAAUAAUUAAAAAAA